GCAAAAGCAGAGCAGAAACUAGACGGCACAGCAGGGGAAAAAAAACCUGCCCCGAAGUCAUAUAGAAACUCAAACAGCUGUUGAGUAUUCAAUAGAGGGCUGAAAUAAACACCAACGUUCCGAAGAGUUGGAAUUUAUCUACUGUUGAGCUUUUUUCGAGCAAGAGAAAAUAAGAAGACUCGAGCUUGAAGCAACACGAUAUGAAGUCUGAGCUGUAGACUAUUUUGAAUGGGUUUUGCACUGGAUUUGUUUCCAUUUUAGUUUUUUUACACUUAUUUUUUCGGCUAUCAUUUCUGGAGGUGUUCUAGUUCUUGGACUGAUAUUUUUUAGUUAUUAGUGGAGUCUUUUACGGAUUUUACUUGCUUCCGCCAGACACUUCAAUAUCAUUUUCUCUUUCAGUUUGAAGGAUUUGACAGGGAAUAUGAUGUCGUUCGUGUGCGUCUCGUUCAGUUUGAUUACCGCUCUGUGCGUGAGCGCGUCGCACGGCACAUGGGAGGAAAGUACAGUGGUACCGGUCAGACUCGACGCGGUUCGGCCGGAGAGGGAAGCUGAGCAGGGCCGGACCCUUUCGGUAGAGGAGCGAGAGAAGGAGUCGGAGAUGCGGGUCUACCGGUUGGACGUAUUUGGCAAACGGUUGGUCUUGGAGCUAGAGCCGGACCAGACCUUCCUGGCACCUGGGUUUGUGUUCCAUGUGGUGGGGAGCCCCGAGUCGAAGGCGCAGCGGGAAUCUGACAGCAGCGCAGCCGAGGCUCGAUGCUUCUUCUCGGGCACGGUGAACCGGGAGGAGGACUCCGCAGCUGCGCUCAACCUGUGCCACGGACUACAGGGCGGCUUCUACCUCCAAGGUGAAGAGUACUUCAUACAUCCACAUAAUUCGAGUGAUGCACAGCCUAUGGAUGGGGACCUCCACCUCAUUCGCAGGAGAGGUCGGGAAUCUUUUGCAGAGGAGAGCAGCUCAAAGUGCGGGGUCAACGAGGACGAGGACAGGUUGCCAGAUAAUCAGGAGACAAAAGUAAACCAUGGAACCACUAACUCAGACCAGACAGGUAUGCAUUAACACUUAUAAAACCUUUGACUUGGGUCUAUUUAGGAAUAUGCUGUCUUUAAAUCAUAUUCAUAGGCCAAGGUAUUUUAGUAAGAUAAAACAAUAAGCCAAGCUGUUCCACAUAGUCACUUAGUUGUGUUGUGUGUCUACAUCAUGUAUGGCAAACGAAAUGGACUCUGGCCCAAUUCCUGUACCAGCCGUGUCCUGGGGCUUCAAUUCCUGGAACGGGCAGAGUUUAGCUGGAGGAUUUGUCUAUCCAAACUACCUCAACUUCUGUCUUGGAGUGAUGCGUAAAAUACCACUUUUACGCAAACAUCUGAGCCUCAAAUAAUUACACACAGCGCAGGCUAUAUAUUUAAAUGUUGAGGUAAGGGUGGAUAAGUCGAUACUUUGACCGGUGCACAGCUAGGGUUAACGGGGAAUGGUCUCAGCUCUGACAGUAUAUGCAGGCAAGGGGAAAAGGGGGAGGGUAAGUCUCAGAGGAAGUGAGGGGGGAGUGACCGAGGGAGGGAGGUACGGGCCGGGCCGGGGACGGGGGCUGGUGGUGGUGAGACGUGGAAACUAGUCUCACCGCCUCCUGGUACUGCACGUUGCAGGUCAGCACUGUCAGACAUUUACCUAGAAAAUAUUUUUUUCCCCUCUCACACAUAAUUUCCGCCCAGUGAAGGUCAAUUUGGGAAUGUAGUCUUUAGGAGGAGGAGGGGCCGCCGAUAGUAUGACUCCCCUUACAGAAAAAACAUGAUUUCACAUGUGGAAAAUCACGUGAUUUCACAUGUGAACUCAUGUAAAAACAUGUGUUUUUGGAACACUUCACAUGUAAUAAUCACAUGUGAAAUGCAUGUGGUUUUCCCGUAAAGGGCUGCUGAGUCACCCAGUGAGAGCCGCUGGAGCUGCUCCAGGCAUAUCCGGAGAGCUCGAGCUGCUCAGUGCUCAGUCGCUCUUCUUCUGCCCUAGAAAAUACACAUUUGUAGCCUACAAUCCCUGAUGGGCCUGUAGUAUCACUUGUUACAACUCAAAUAUUAUCACUUGUAACUACUCAGAUAUUCGCCAUAAGCAAUUUGACAUUUCAUCUUCAAGUCUGUCAUUGUUCCAGACUGUUUCCAGACUAACAGUUCAUCAAUUUACACCAGAGAAACCAGGCUCUCACAAGAGAGCUGUCUUAAAAGUCUUAAAAGUCUGAUUCUAGGCCAGUUUGUCUGACCGCUCUCCCUUCUUCUCUCUUUCCAUCCAGCCCACCACCAGCGGUCCAAGCGCUUCGUGUCCACGCCUCGCUUCGUGGAGAUCAUGAUCGUGGCCGAUCAGUCCAUGGCCGAGUUCCAUGGUGCCGGCCUCAAGCCCUACCUGCUGACCAUCAUGGCGGUGGCAUCGCGCCUCUACCGCCAUCCCACCAUCCACAACUCCAUCAGCCUAGCUGUGGUCAAGCUCCUGGUGGUCUAUGAGGAGGAGAGCGGCCCCCAGGUGUCGUCUAAUGCUGCCCUGACCCUCCGCAACUUCUGCCAGUGGCAGCGCCAGCACAACCCGCCCAGCGACCGCCACCCAGAGCACUACGACACGGCCGUGCUCUUCACCCGAACGGUAUGUUGCUUUUGUAUUUUUACACUGUUUUCACAAUGUUUUUACACCAGUGCUUACUGUGGUAACAGGCAACAACUUCACAACUACUAGGGUUUAGGUUGCGUUCCAAAUGGCACCCUAUUCACUAUAUAGUGCACUACUUUUGAUUUGAAACAGGGUUCUGCUAUAUGAUAUGGGUUUUGUGUCUGUGUGUGUAUGUGGGAAUGCAGUGAGUUUGACAGAUGUGUUUUGUCCCUUCUCAUCCCCUGUAGGACCUGUGCGGCGCCCACUCCUGUGACACGCUAGGCAUGGCGGAUGUGGGCACGGUGUGCGACCCGGAAAGGAGCUGCUCCAUCAUUGAGGAUGACGGCCUGCAGGCGGCCUUCACUGUGGCACACGAACUCGGUAAGAUGCCACCCUGAUGCCAAGCUGACAUAUAUGCACCAUACAUUCACAUCUCUGUCGCUAGUCACACACAGUCCACAUCUCCUCUCUCAGUUCCAAACUAACCCCUUGUCUCCCCUCUCUCCCUCCCUCCAUUCCUCCCUCUCUUUCGUGCUCUAGGCCAUGUGUUCAACAUGCCCCACGACGAUUCCAAGCAGUGUGCCAGCGUCAACGGUGACCAUUGGGGCUCGCACAUGAUGGCGUCCACCCUGUCCAACCUGGACCAACUCCAGCCAUGGUCGCCUUGCUCCGCCCUCAUGGUCACCUCCUUCAUGGACAACGGACACGGCCAAUGCCUAUUGGACAAGCCCCAUAAGCCCCAGCCGUUGCCUGCCACGCUACCCGGAACCGUGUAUGACGCCGACCGCCAAUGUCGCCUGACAUUCGGCGAGGAGUCACAGCACUGUCCCGACCUGAGUACCACAUGUGCGGCGCUCUGGUGCACAGUGACCACAACCAACGGGCUGCUGGUCUGUCAGACCAAGAACUUCCCGUGGGCGGAUGGGACGCUGUGUGGCCAUGACAGCUUCUGCCUGGCGGGACAGUGUCUGAGCAAGACGGAGGCCGCUCGCCACCAGGUGGGUGUUAACACUGUUAUAACACGGCCCUAUGACAAAGUCUUAAAGUCAAUGGGAGUGAUGGAAUUGGUCCAUUGGGGGGAAAGGAAGUAUAAUGCAGUUUUGGGAUUGGCUAGUGAUUGGCUUAGCUACAUUGGAUUAGGUCCAAUGUUAUGUCUUUUUUUUAAAUAUCAGGCUAGCUAUAGGAGUGUUGAAAUGUUAUAGGGGCUAAAGUGUGUGUAACUUAGCUUUUUAGCUAUAGGACUACUUAUAGGACUAUUGAAGUGUUAUAUAGGCUAGUGUCGGUGACUAUGAAUGACAAUGGUGUCCUCUCCUGUUGCAGACUCCAGUCAACGGUGCCUGGGGAGUAUGGGGACCAUGGGGGGACUGCUCCCGUACCUGCGACGGAGGGGUGCAGUACUCCUUCAGGGACUGUGAUAGCCCCCUGCCCAAAAACGGGGGCAAGUACUGCGAGGGCAAGAGGAUCCAAUAUCGCUCCUGUAACACAGAGAUCUGCCCUGAGAGCAACGGUAAGAGCCUCUACUAGCCACACUUAUUACAUACUUAGUUUAUGCUUAUUACAUAGCUAUUACACUAAUUACUCUUAUUACACACACAUAUUCAUAUAUUUAUACUUUGAUAUUAUACAUCCUUAUUUAGGCACAUAGGCCACUGACCUGCAUAUUAUACCCAUACUAUACUUUCUACACGUUCGAGAAUAGCCAUAUUUGAAUAUCACAGCCUACUGUAAAGUAAACAUACGGCUCAAGCUAAACUAACAGUGAAUAUCACACCUCUCUCUCUCUCUCUUCAUUCCUCUUUCUCUGCAGGUCUGUCAUUCCGCGAGGAGCAGUGUCUGGCCCACAACGAUAUUUCGUCACAGAUGUCGUUUGGUUCGGGAGAGGGCGUGGAGUGGGUUCCCAAAUAUGCCGGCGUCUCGCCCAAAGACCGCUGCAAGCUGGUGUGUCGGGCCAAGGGCACGGGCUACUUCUUCAUUCUGAAACCCAAGGUAAGUCAGGUCACACCACAGACACUUUUACAAAAAUGAAGGCAAACACUCUCUAGGCUAACUAGGCUAGCUAACACUGUCUUGGCUAACUAGGCUAAUACUGUCUAGGCUAACUAGGCUAACACUGUCUCUAGGCUAACUAGGCUAAGCUACUGCUGUCUAUGCUAACUAAUUUAUGCUAACACUGUCUAGGAUAACUAGGCUAUCACUGUCAGGGCUAACUAGGCUAACACUGUCUAGGCUAACUAGGCUAACAUCUGUUUCUCUGCUACCCUCAGGUGGCUGACGGUACUCCCUGCAGCCCAGACUCCACCUCAGUGUGUGUGCAGGGCCAGUGUGUGAAGGCGGGCUGUGACCGAGUGAUCGGCUCCAGCCGUCGCUUCGACAAGUGCGCCGUGUGCGGAGGCAACGGCUCCACCUGCAAGAAAGUGUCAGGUGCCCUUGAGCGUGCCAGGUGAGAACAAUGACAUAUGACCUCAAAACAGUCAUCUUUGACUAGAAAGCACCGUUUUCUAGUUUAACCCUUUUUCUAACUUUUACUACUGUCUGUAGAAUCGUAUUUUUCUCUAAUGAAUCUAUCUCUAUCACUCUAAACCUCUUAGUCCUGCCAUCUCUUUUUAACCCAGUCUCUUACUCUUACACUUAUGCAUCAUUUUUACCCGUGGUUAUGUUUGACCCUUGUGUGUUUCUGUCCCUCAGGCCUGGUUACCAGAACAUAGUGACCAUCCCCGCUGGCGCCACUCACCUGGACGUGAAGCAACGCGCCCCCGGCGGCGGUCGCCAUGACAACAGCUACCUGGCAGUGUUGCGCCAGGAUGGCACCUACCUGCUGAACGGCGACUACAAGCUGAUGACUCUUGAAACAGACAUCGCCCUCAAGGGGGCGUUGCUACGUUACAGCGGUAGCUCCGCCUCCCUAGAGCGUCUACGCAGCUUCUCGCCCCUCCCUGAGUCCCUGACCAUCCAGGUGUUGUCUGUAGGCGAUUCACCCCGCCCCCGUGUCAAAUACAGCUACUUUGCCCCGAGACCCGCUUUGGCGUCACCUAAUGGCGGAACGGUGGCACGCCGCCAGUCCAUCAACGCCAUCCAGGAGCUGGUGGGCGCUGAAUGGACCCUGCGGGAGUGGGGCCCAUGCUCGCAGAGCUGUGGGGGCGGUAAUCAACAGAGGGAGGUGCUGUGUCUGGAUCCCCAGGGGCGGCCAUCGCGGGAGUGCCCGAAGGAGCUGCGCCCGUUGGCGUCACGCCCCUGCGCCCCACACCCCUGCCCUUCAUGGUUCCUGGGGGAGUGGUCGGCGUGCUCCAAGAGCUGUGGCCGCGGGUUCCGCAAACGCCCGCUACGCUGCUUGGGACACAACGGGCAUAUGCUCGCCCACGAGAGCUGCGACCCCAAAGACAGGCCUCGACCACUGCUGGACUUGUGCAACCAGAGUGCCUGCUAAGACUGUCGGGACUCACCUCAUUAUUACGUCCCUGAAGAAAAGCUCAUGAAAGAAAGAAAGAAAAAAAGAAAGAAAGAAAGAAAG